AUGCUGGGGCAAGAGACCCCCGAGCAGUACUAUGACGCCAUUAUAAACCUCAAGCAACGAGGCAACAUCACCGACGAAUUGGCGGUCUUCUACCUGCGGACGAACGUCACGGAGCCAAUCCUUCGGGCAGCCCUGGACGUCCGAAUGCCAAAGACGACGCGUGAGUUCCGGGACUACGUACGGGACUUCACCCGGGGAAAGCCGAUGUACCAGGUAGUUAAAGGUGGCAACUCCACCAACUACAUCACCGUCAGGACGGCGACUCCCGUUCCUGUGACCCAACCGGCUCCCGGAUAUAUCCAACCCAACUCGCCAGUUUACCAGAACGCGCAACCGGGGCUCCACCGACAGAGCCCUCCGGCGACACCACCACCCCAAGCCCGUGGUCAACUUGAACAGACUUGGGCGGCAAUGGCGGCGAUGAACCUUAAUGGAGCCCCAACAGGGACCAUGGUCACGCCGCCAGCCUAUGGGAACAGCGGCCAACCGAGCGGAUAUGGACGCGGUGGAGCCUCCCAAUAUGGUGGCUCCGGCGGAAGACGUGGCGGCGGGAAUCGCGGCCGCGGAAACUUCGGCAACCGCGCGGGUGGAGGCGGACAGCCCCAGAACGUGCAGCGGCAGCCUCGGACACCACAGCAGGAGGCUCGCCAGCAGGCAACCUACGUCGAUCGGAUGGAAGCCAAGUUCUUCCAGUGGACCCAGGAUGGGAUAUUUUCCUGCGGUCACUGCCUAUGGGGCAACCACAACCAAGCGAGUUGUGGCUAUGCCAACCUCCGGCUGGAAGACAAUCCAAACCGGAGAUGGUACCUGGAUUGGAGGUACCGGUACGAUAACGGAUGGCCGUUAGGUUCGGCAAAUCAGAACUACCCGAACAUCGUACCACCCCCACGCCCCCGUCAGCAGAAUGCCAGCGGAUUCGGUGGCCAAGGCAGCCCUAACCGGCAGCCCGGCCAGAGAAACGGAGGGAACCCCCAGAAUGGAGGCCGACCCCCAUUGGCAACCCCGCCACCAGCCCAACGGCCGCAACUGCCGCCGUCCCCGGCCCCCAAUAGGGGCCCGGGCGGAUACCAACCGGCAGUUGGCGGGCCUGUCCCGGGUACAUCCCAGGGAAACGCCUAA